AUGGCGCUCUCGCGAGUUUUCUACGCGCUGCCGCUCUGUGAUGUGCGCGACUCCCUGUGGCGCGCCGUUGACCGCGACCAUCGCAGGGUGCUUCGAGUGUGCCACGGCCUCCCCCGCAUGUCGCGAGUGGCGGAGACGCUCGCCGAAACUGGCGCCUGGCCCCCUUCAUUAACAGCUGAUCUCCGCGCGCUCGGCCACAUUGAGCGCCUCUCUCGAGCCCCCGGCACGGGCCCCAUCCUGUCGCUCAUCCGGAAUCUCCCUGCAUCACGCGUGGGCAAGGUGAUGCAGCUGUUUGACAACAUCGUGGCUGAUCCGCCGGCUCCACCACCAGCCUGGCCGCCACCGAGCCUCGCGGUGCCGCUAGACGUGUGUCUCGAACUGCCAGGCGUCCGCUCCAAGCAACGCACGCCUCUCUGUGCCAUCGUACAGGAGGCUGCAGCGAGGAUACAGGACGACCUGGUGGGGAGAGUGCACCUAUACACAGACGGCUCGGUCCUCGAGGAUGGCUCCGCGGCUGCUGCCUGCAUCGCCCCGAGUCUCGGCAUUGAGAACCAGUGCCGCCUGCCCUACCGAGCAUCUUCCACCACCGCUGAGCUCGUGGGCAUUCAUCUGGCUGCGGACAUCCUCGAACAAUCGCCGCACAUCUCUCGUGCGGCGAUACUCACCGACUCGAGACCCGCCCUGCAACAGUUGCUCCUUGAGGAACGCGCCCCACUGCUCGCCCAGCGAGUCGCGUGCAGGCUCCACGCAUUGCAGCAACAGGGACUCGAUGUUUGCCUACAGUGGGUGCCCUCACAUGUCGGUGUCGCUGGGAAUGAGGCCGUCGAUAAGCUGGCGCGACGCGCACACGACCCAAGCACCCAGGUGACGAAGCGGAUAAGCUCGUUCGACACCGCGCCGGAGAGAAUCCGCCGUGAGCUCGCGCUGCGCCACCCAGACGGCCGAGUUGCGCGCGGACGCCCGCCACGCCAUCUCCCGGAGGCCGGCUUCACCAGGCGCGAGCGCGCUUUCCUUCUCGCCUUGCGGACCGGUUCCGUCUGGCCCGCCGAGAGGAGGCAUCGCCUCCAAGGAGCCCUCUCCCCUUUCUGCAGGGACUGCGGCGCGACAGAAACGUUAGAACAUUUGCUGUGUGAGUGUCCGACUUUCUCCAGCGCGCGCGCGGCCCUCGCAAAAGUCUACAAUGCACACAAACAUCCGUGUGCAACGGUGGACAAUCUGCUGCACCCCUCGGGCUGCAUCUCAAGCCAGAAGCGCCUCUUCCGAGCGAUUCUGGAGUUCGCAGAGGACAUCGCCCUAGCUGAUCGCCUCUAA